AUGGGUAACGGAAAGCCAAGAGGACUCAACGCUGCUAGAAAGCUCCGCAUCUCUCGCAGAGACAACCGAUGGGCUGACGCCUCUUACAAGAAGAGACUUCUUGGUACUGCCUUCAAGUUCUCUCCCUUCGGUGGUUCUUCCCACGCUAAGGGUAUUGUUUUGGAAAAGAUUGGUGUCGAGGCCAAGCAGCCCAACUCUGCCAUCAGAAAGUGUGUCCGUGUCCAGCUCAUCAAGAACGGUAAGAGAGUCACUGCUUUCGUCCCCAAUGAUGGUUGCUUGAACUUCGUUGACGAGAACGACGAAGUCCUCAUUGCUGGUUUUGGCCGCAAGGGUAAGGCUAAGGGUGAUAUUCCCGGUGUCCGUUUCAAGGUUGUCAAGGUCUCCGGUCCCCCUCGCCUGUACCCAGCAUGGAAAAUGAUUCGUGACGUUAAGGUGGAGCGUCUCAGCAUCUCUUCACUUCAUAGCUCAUUUGCAUGGUCCGAAGAUGGUCUUUUUGCCAUUACAAAUACUGAAAAUGUUAUAAUAAUUAAACCACAAAAUCAUACCGUUGAAGCUGCUACUACUACAGCAGGGACUUCUUCGUCUAAUACCAAACUCGAUGAAAAAUACGAAAUUCAAGCCUCUCAACCUCUCGACUCUUGGAGACCUCUGGGUGAGGCUCCCGUAACCUCCUUCAAUAUUGAAACAUACUGCUCCGACGAAUAUUCCGUCGACAUUGCUUGGUCUCCCUCAGGAACAAGUUCCUCGCGAACAUGUCUUCUUAGCGUUCUAACCAACCAAGGCAACAUUGUUAUUUACGACUACAAAGUCAAGGCCAUUUCUUCCACAUGGGUCCCUAUAGUAUCUUGCAUAACUUGUCUCAAAAAAACCUUGGAAAAUGACCCAGACUAUGUGGUUCCAGCUGAAAAAACAAAAGAUUAUAUCUUCAAUUCUAUGGCCUGGUCCCCCAGAUUCCCUUCAAAUGUAAUUGAGGACGAUAAAUGGGGGUCGGUGUUUUUUGCUGCAGGAACAAAGUCUGGCAAAAUCGUCAUUUUUAUACCAGUACACUCUUACAACCAACAAACUAGAAAAUAUGAUACCAUUAUGGAUGGCAUUCAUGUAGUUGACUUUAACAAUGAAUCAGACGGCAAAUAUACAUCAUUAAUCAAGCUCAAAUGGACAUCUUGGGUGAAAGGACCUUUGAAUAAAUACUAUUCUCUAUUAAUUGGCGUCGACUCGUCAAACCAAAUUUUAGCCAAACUCAUCACCUAUGAUUCGGAAACUAAAUCUCUCGACAUCUCUGCUUUCUUUUCUACCAUCCAAACUCCCUCUAGAUUUCUUGUUACUUCUCUUUGGAUCCAUUUCCACAAAGAAACAAACCAGUUUCUUCUCGCUGUAACCCAAACGGUGGGCAUUUCAGUCUACACCUUCAAAGACAUUGACAAGCCCUUAAUCCCACAACACCUGUUUUACAAAACCCCCAGUGGAAAACAGCCAAUAACUAUGGUUUCAUUGAUGGCUCGCGAUAAAUCCCGUGUUUGGGUCAUUGGAUUUGCCGACUGGAUAGAUUCGUUUAUAGGCACUAUCGACCUUGCAUCUCCUAAAAAAUCCAUUGAGCAAGGCUUCCCCAGUGAUUCGCCCGUAAGCAACCCUCUUGAUGCCUUUUUCGAGAGACGUAUCAAUGCCAUGAAUGAUGCAGGGAAUCAUAUUGGAACUAUUGGCGAGGCCACGUCGACGUUCCAGUUUCGGUUCUAUGGUGUGGUUCCGCACCCUCAUGGCGGUGGGUACUUUGCAUUCCUAAAUACACUUGUGACCGAAACCCAGCUGCGAUACGUUCUAACUUCUUCAACUCGGUUCCAAAUCUCGUUCCAACCAAUGUGCAUUGAGGAAUACGGAAGCAAGGGGAAGCAACGUAUGGGACCCCCGGAACCAGCACUUUUUGUGGAUACUUUACCUGAUGCUACUCAGGGAUCUGCAGAAAGUAUUUGGUGGAAAGUUAAGGCAUUGUCCAAUAGUGUCAAAUCCCCCAAACAGCGGCCGAUUUACAUCAAAAAUAUGAUUGAGGAGCUUGAGAAUUAUGCCUCUGAUCACCACAGGGAAGCACUCUUCAAUCCCAAACAUGUUAAACUUUUUCCAAGUAAUAUGGGUGUGGAAUCAUUUGCAAAAGCUUUACAUGCGGAUAUCACAAGAACUUUUUUCCUUUCCAAAUUUUAUAAUGUGUUGCGACUACUGAUUCACCUCAAGAGUCUAGCACUGCUAAUGCAACAGGCGCAUAUCCAAAUGCACGAAAAGGAGCUUGCCAACAUUGCCGAGAAUUCCUACACGGCGGGCUCGAGCCGCGACGAAGAAUGGGAGGAACACAUAUUUGGAGAAGACAUUUCGCGGUUUGAAUCCGACGUUGAGAAGCACACCCAGGCGAUUAUGAACGAAUUAUGUUUUGUGGUACUAUACUAUUGCACCAAAAGAAAUUCUGAACUUAAAAAAAUGGAGCGUGUGAUUGUUGAGAGCUAUCUGGGGCAACUGAAUGAGGAUUUGGAAAAACAGAGGAAGGAUGGGUUGGACAGUCUUGAGACGGAAAAUAAUCGAUUCAAUUACGAUGAUGCAAGUUACACGGUUCUUGGGUGUGAAAUGCUUGUGAAACGAAAUCGGCGAGAUGAUAAGAUGGUGUCGGUGCCUGGCGACGGAUUUACCGAAGACUUUUAUUUCGCUGAUGCCAGGAAUAGGUUUCAUAUCUUUUCGAAGAGAGGGUAUCCAUGGAAACGAUGUGCAAUUUCUCUGAUGCCAUUAACAUUCUUUAACUCCAAAGUAUGUGGAGGAUGCGGUCGUCAAUACGCUGUGUUAUCGAACUAUGUAGAAGAUAAAGACUCGCCAUUACUCCAAGUUCUUUUAGGAGAAAAUACUUUUGACAUUUGUAUCUUCUGUGGAUGCCGUUAUUCGCAACUCUAA